AUGGGUCGUUGGGGAUUCCGUCUUUUCGAGGGCGACGAGGAUCUUGACAUCGCCGCCGCAAUCAGAGAAACUUUCGGCGAUGGUCCUGAGCAGCUCAAUCUCCCUCUCAUGAUCAAUCAGUCCGACAUGCUGGCUCCUAUGGAAGCGAGAGAGUUCUAUAAAACAGAGGAACACGCACAAGUCCUACGCGGUCUCGUCACAGAAAUCCGAGGACGGCUUGACUCUGGAGUCGGUGACGAGCUCUUCAAGAAGUAUCGAGCCCUCGAGCACGAGUAUCAAGGUCAGUAUCGGACCAUCGUGGUCGGCGCUUUGAUGAUGCGUGCUGGAGCCAAGAUCAAGGCCGACGACUUUCAGCAUCUACGUGACCUCGUUCCCAAGAUACCCUGCCAGUAUCGCUUUGCCAUGCCGAUUGUGGACUUUGGCUUCCGUGAUCCCGGAAAGGCGCAGUUCCUUGCUGCACUUGACAACUACCAGCCGGGAACGCCUCGAGACUUCCACGAGCCAAGCUGCUUCCAUUGCGGCAGGAUUCGCGCAGACCAUGGAAUCAACUUGAAGAAAUGCGGCCAUUGCCAAGCCGCCUGGUACUGCGGCAUCGACUGCCAGAGGGCCCAUCGGAAGAUCCACAAGGUUUCGUGCAAGAGUCUUGGGGAGAAGGUUCUUAUCAAUGUCUAG